AUGCUCCCAACACUGUCCCCCCCACCCGCCCCUUUCUCUGCGCGGACGGACAUUUUCAGAGCUGGGGCAGGGCGGGGCCUGGGGAGGCCUGGCACUGCUCUGUCACGGCCUGGCACUGCUCUGUCACUUGGGGCGCCGUCUCCAGGGCAGGACGGGGACAGGGCCAGCCUCCCCCGAACCCCUCUGGCCCACUUCUUCUCCGGAGAGACAGCAACUGGUCCCGGGACUAAAGGAGGACGGGAAGACCUGAGCCCUCCCCCCGAGCAUCCUGCCCCCGCCUUUCUGGUUGGUUACCCCUUUUCCCUUCUGUGUGUGUGUUUGGGGAGGGGUCUUUUAACUUUCCACUCCCGCUCUUCGGGGGAGAUGGAGGCUGGCUUUGAGUAA